UAUAACGUCAAAAUUCGUCAUAUAGUAAGCGUCUCGUAGUUCGCUCCACGUGAACUUUUUAAGUGCUCCAAAAAUAAUUCAAAACAUACCAAGAAUCAAAACAUACAAAUAAAUUUGUAAUUAUUUUUGAACGCGUACUUAGCGGGGCCUUAAAUCAAAUUAUUGAAAAGUGUUUAAUAAAAGAAUUUCAAAAAAAAAGAAGUUGCCAUAGUCUCCAAGCAAAUCUAUAUAGGAGCAACAUACACACGCACCUACCCAAUUAAAUAUACCGCGGAGACAACACAAACAUGUGAGGUUAAAACAGCCAACCCACCAACUUAAAAAAGGCACUUCAAAAGAAACCAAAUCCCAAAUCUUUGAGAAGAGUCUUAAACCAAAGUCAAUAGCAACAUCAACAACAAAUCUAAUAAAAGUGAACACGUUUUCUUGGCGUAUAAAUUGUUAUAAAGAAGAGAAUUUAAAACAAAAUAUCAAGUGCAAAGCAACUAAAUACAGACAACGUUCGAGGAGAGGAAAUAGCAGAUUGACCAGAUAGACGAAGAAAUAAGUAAAAGCAUUAGCUUUUCAUAAACUGGUCGAGUUGCUAUUAUGGAUUCAAGAUUAUUAAAUGUAGUCUAUGAUGAUCCGUUUGACGGAAACUUUACAAAAUAUGACAAUGAUACAGAUUUUUGGUCGAGUCCAAGCGAUACCAUGGGUAUGCAACUAACAGAGACUUUGCACGGCAUAUUACCAAUAGCGCCAACAGAUGAUUUUGACAAAGAAGAAAAUGCUGCAACCGCGUUAAGUUUACAAAGCAAUAAGAAUGCGUUCAAUUAUGAAGAUUUUGCUGGACAGCACUUGGCAGCUGGUGGAGCCAUAGAAAUAGUAACGGUUGAUCCAAAUGCUGAUGGCUAUGACAGCGAUAGUGAUGAGAGCGAUGACGACGACGGUGAUGACGAAGAUGUUGCUGGUCAAAUAAAUGGUGUACACAGUGGUCUAAUCGAAUUUGACCGUCAGAGCCAAUGUAGCAAUUUAACAUUUCGCACCAGAACAGACAGUUCUUCCAUAGGUGACUAUGAGUCACACACAAGUGAUUAUGAUGAUAGUGACGACGACGAUGAUGAUGAUGAUGACGACGACGACGAUGAUGACGACGACGACGAUGCUGAUGAUAAUGAAGAAGCCCACAAUGCCUAUGUUAUUGGCCAAAUGGGAAAUAUACAAAUGCCAAUGAGUGCUACAGUUCAAUCUGCAAAUGUGAUUGAGGCAACAACUAACUCAAUGUUAGCCAUGAAUACGGAUCAUCAUCAUCAUCUUAUAGCACCCGAUAAUGAUCUAAUUUUAGAUGACACAACCUAUCAUAAAAAUCGUACCAUUAGCACCAACACCAUAAAUUCGGAUGUUGAUGGCUUGGGAUUAAAUAUAGAUGCCAAUAAUUUUGAUUUAGCAGAAUUCAUAACAAAAGAUGAUUUUACGAUAAAUCCUGUGACCGAAGAUCUGUCUGCAAUGGUGACGGCACCACCACCACCAGCACAAAAUCUAGCAACAACCACAAAAGCUUUGUCAACAUCAACAACAACACAAAUUAUUUCAUCCAAGUCCAUAGAUUCAGAUUCUGAAUCGGAUAUAAUUGUUGAUGUUGAAACCGUAGAAGCUGAUGAUGACGAUAACUCAUUGAAUUCAUUGAGGAAAGCAUCAGAUCUGCUGAAACCCCAUGUAGAACUGGCGGAAGAACAAAAGCCAGAAGAUGAUGUAUCAUUUGUAGAUAAUACAGCAAAAGAUCCCUCCUGGAGUCCAGGCCAACAGCAGUCUGUGAAAAAGGUGGAAAGUGUCAAAAAUGAGGAAAAAUCACUGGCUCUAUCACAUCCAAAGCAAAAUUUUAACAGAAAUAUUACAUUAGUUCCUAACAAAAAACAAUGUGACUUAUUGAAGGGAAAAUUUGGUAAAGGCAAAGCAGCUAAGAUUACACCAAAAGCUACCAAGGUGACAAAAGCAAAAUCUUUGCAAGAAAACAAUGCCGCAAAAAAUAGUAGUCUCCUCACACAGAACGAAACCAAAAUUGAAAGGAAAACGGGCAUUGGCAUGGGAGGAAAGAAUUUGGCUUUGUUGCGUUAUCAUGAACGCACCAGUAUUUCCGAACUUAGUUCCGAAGAAAAUUCAACACCUAUCAAAACUCCAAAUCCUGUGAGCAUAGAAAUGAAAACACCUGCUGUGGAGAUUACAACAAAUGUUGUUCAGCCAGAAGAGCUUUCUCCACAAAAGACAUCCUUAGCAGCUGCAGCGUGUAAACGAAAAUUAAAUUUAGAAGAAUAUAAAAAGAGACGUGGCGAUACAACGCCACUGGGCAUUCUGCAACAAGCAAAAACGAAAUUGCAAUCAUAUAAAAUACCAAAACUGGAAGAUAAAGGCGCUACCCCACAAACCAAUAGCAAUGAAAAGAAAAUAGCAAUAACAACACCAACACCAACUCCAAUCCCAUCGACACAAAAACACAGCGAUGAGGUCAAGUCGGUGGUGAAAAAUCUUAAGGAUCAACAAAGUCAAACGCAAAAAACCCAAGUGGAUCCAAUUACCGAGGCUAGGAACAAAGUGUUGCGCAUGCAGGAACUGAAGAAAGCUCAACAAAUGCGCAUUAUUGAUUCAACAAUAUCGGCAAAGGUUCCGCGAGUAACAAAGCUCCCACCUCUUCGUGAAAUUGUUAAAGAUUCGCCAUAUUUCAAUGAUGCAGAUAAUCCCAUUCAAUCUUCUAAAUGCCAUCCCGAUUAUGAGGAAAUUAUUAUUGUUUCUGCUAGUUGUAAUACAGACAUUUCCAUACCACCAAUACCAAACCCAGCAAUACAACCAAUAAAUACAGCUUCAAGAUCGUUACUCAAAUCCUCAGCUUUGUUGUCAACAAUAACGAAUACCUUUCAAAAAGUCAAAGCUGUCGAUAAUGGUAAAAUAUCUACAAGUUCUCUGAUUGCCAGUAUACAGGAUGUUGUGGUAAAGAAAACCUUACCGGUGGAAAAGCCUGAAGACAACAACGACGCCACCAACACAAAUAACCAACAAAAGUCCGAACAACAUGGUGAGGAUAAGAUUAUAAUGCAUUUGCGUAAAGAUAGAAUACGCAAACGUACCUCCACCGUUGCCAUACAAACUGAACUACAACCAGAAUUUCCACCGUUGCCAUUGCCCAAGGGAGCUAUGCAACAUAAAUCCCGUGAACGUAUGCGCAAACAUCGUAAGCGUCAAUAUCGUAAACAUAAGGAUACCACAUUAUCAUCUCUGUCCUCGGAAUAUUCUUCAGAUGAACAAUCAGAUCAUUCCAAUGCAUCAUCGAUAUUACGUUCACGCGACAACAGUUCUUCGUCAUCCAUGGAACGUAUGCGUACCUAUGACAGUGCCAUCGGAACGGGAGGUUAUUCAUCGAGAAGUAGUCGUAAACAUCGUAGCUCUAUGUCAUCGUCCUAUUCGGAGUCUUUGGAUCGCGAUGCCCGUGGCCGACGUCAAAGACGUACAAGUUAUAAACAACGUUCCUCACGUAAACGAUCGUCUGGUUCACCAUACAGUUCCUCAUCGUAUACAUCAGAUUCUGACCGUUCUCGUAGUCCAUUGUACCGGCGAUCACGUAGUAGAUCGAAUUCACGCAGUUCACGUUCGAGACGUUCUAGUUAUCGUCAAAAUCAGAAGAAGAACUUUGUCGAUCGCAAUGUGUCACAACCGGCCGUGGAGGAACGUCGUAUUGUCUAUGUCGGUCGCAUAGAACAGGAGACGACCAAGGAUAUGUUGAGGCGUAAAUUUUUGACAUAUGGUACAAUUAAACAGAUUAGCAUACAUUAUAAGGAUACGGGCAUGAAAUAUGGAUUUGUAACAUUUGAACGAUCACAGGAUGCAUUCAAUGCCAUCGACAAUAGUACACGUGAUCCUCAGAUCAAUAUGUAUGAUGUUAGUUUUGGUGGUAGACGGGCAUUUUGUCGUGCAUCUUAUGCUGAUUUGGACAAUGCCGGCAUCAACACCUAUCAAUCAUAUGUUUUUCCACAACAACAACAGCAACCCAAGGAGGAAGAUUCUUUUGAGGCAUUACUUAUGAAAAUGAAAGCUAAAUUGAGUGCUAAUAAGACAACAAGUAAUGGUGGUGGAUCAGCAUCAGCAUCAACAACAGCACCACAAUCCUCGUCAUCAUCGACAUCGGCAUCAUCGUCACCUUCAACCACAGCUACUUCUUCGUCGUCUUCUCCACCAUUGGCCAAUAAUGAUUAUAAUACAAAUGCUAAUAACAAUGCAAAUGGUAAAAUUUGACGGCUUUGUAGUCCUGUUAUCCAAAAUUCAAAUUGUUUAUCUACAACCAACAACAAGACCCUGUAUUUUUUUGUAAAACUUUUUCAAUUAUGCCAUUAUAUUCUAUAUUCAUCUCUGACCAUUUUCGUGGUAAAAACCAAAAACGCCUUCGUGCCCAUAGAAAAAAUACUGAUAUUUUCCAAAUUUUCUAUGCAAUAGAAAGAAAACUGAGUUAUUUUGCUACCAUAAAAGCCCAGCCAUACACCAUACAUACAUACAUAUACACACCACCACAAAACAAACAAAUCUUUUUAGUUUCAUGAAUAUGCUUUUAUGUUUCUUUUAUUUCUUUUAAGUUAGGUUUUUUUAAUAAUUAAGUUUCACCAAGAAAGCCAAAACAAAAUGUGAGCCGGCCAUUUAAUGGAAUAUUGAAAAACAAUUCAAAUGCAAAUCUCUCGGGAAAAUUGCUAAAUGUUAACAAUUGUUAUUUAUAUUUUAAUUUGACAUAAACUUGUAAUUUUUAUGAAAAGAGGAAACAUAGAUAAUUUUUAUCUUUCCCGGUAAAGUCAACGAUAUGUUUUUCAAAAUUUCUACAAUAUUUUGUAGAGGUACAUAGAAAAUAAUUAAAUUUUGCAGAAUUUGGAAGAAUAG